UUUCAAAGGGAAAGGCUUUUAUUAUACAAAGUGUCCCACCCUCUUUCAACUCCCCUUUCAAUAGUGUAGUUUCUCUCUUAUCACUUUUACAUUUUCAGGGAUCUUCAGUGUGCAAAGCUUCUAAGCAUUCAAGCAGUAUGUCUACCACAGAUGACAAGCAAGAAAGGAAAGAAGGACUACUUGAAUUUUACACUUCAUAUUCAGAUCUGUUUAAUUUCUUCUGUAGCAACACAACCAUUCAUGGAGCAAUCAGGCUUGUGUGUAGUGAAAACAAUCGUAUGAAAACCGCCUUCUGGGCAAUUCUCUUUCCAGGAACAGUGGCCAUUCUGUACUGGCAAUUUGGCCUUCUGUUUGGUCAAUAUUUCAGCCAUCCUGUUAGCAUUGGCGUGAGUGUCAACUUUAAUGAGUUGCAGUUUCCUUCUGUUACAGUUUGUACCCUUAACCCAUACAGGUAUUCUGCAGUUCGUGAAGAACUAAAAGAACUGGAUGCUGUUACAGAAGAAACAUUAUAUAAACUUUACGGAUACACUUUCUCUAAAAAAGUCCAGCAAAACAGUACAUCUCAUACCAGUGCAACAGAAAAAUCCAGAAACUCCAAUCCACUCUUCAACAAGAAAUUUGUGCUUGAGGUGCUGAACAGAGAGACCUCUGUUAACUUCAACACACCUGAGAAGAAAGGAAAUCAUGGGGUUGCCAAGAACAACCCUCCACUGCAUAAUCAAAACUGGCAGAUUGGUUUUAAACUAUGUAAUGCCUCCGGACAGGACUGCUAUUUUCAGGCAUAUUCUUCUGGAGUAGAUGCAAUCAGGGAAUGGUAUAAAUAUCACUACAUAAAUAUAAUGGCUCAGAUGUCCAUGAAUGCAUUAGCAGAUGAUGACAGCAAUCCUGACAAGGCCGACAUUAAUAACUUUGUCUUCGCCUGCAGUUUUAACGGGGCUGUUUGCAGCAAAGGAAACUACACAACUUUUCAUCAUCCAAUGUAUGGAAACUGCUACACAUUCAACAGCUGGGAAGAUGGACAUGAGUGGAGUGUUUCUACACCUGGAGUGGAGAGUGGGCUUUCAUUACUACUACGGACAGAACAAAAUGACUUCAUCCCCCUAUUAUCUACUGUGGCUGGUGCAAGAGUGAUGGUGCACUCUCAGAAUCAUCCUGUAUUCAUGGAAGACGGGGGCUUUGAUAUUAAACCUGGUGUUGAAACUUCAAUAGGUUUAAGGCAGGAGGUUUUCCAGAGACUUGGAGGUGAAUAUGGUGACUGUCUGGAUGGCACAGACUUAGACAUUGAAAAUCUUUAUGAAUCCAGCUAUACCCAGCAGGCUUGCAUUCGCUCUUGUUUUCAGUUAAUUAUGGUGAAACGCUGUGGGUGUGCAUACUACUUUUAUCCUUUACCAAAAGGAGCAUCUUAUUGCAACUAUAACAGACAUAUUGCCUGGGGGCACUGCUAUUACAAAUUGUAUAAUGAAUUUUCCUUGGAUAAUUUAGGCUGCUCAACUAAGUGUCGAAGACCAUGCCAAGACACUGAAUAUACAAUGACUGCUGGAUACGCCACUUGGCCAACAAAGGCAUCAAAAAACUGGAUAUUUAAUGUUUUGAACAAACAAAAUGGCUACAACAUCACAUCUGACAGGAAUGAUAUUGCCAAAGUCAAUAUUUACUUUGAAGAUUUGAAUUACAGAACCUUUGGAGAAUCACCAGCUUUCACUGCAGUGAUGCUGCUAUCUAAUCUUGGAAGUCAGUGGAGUUUAUGGUUUGGAUCAUCAGUGAUGUCAGUAGUAGAGCUUGCUGAGUUGGUGUUUGAUUUAGUAGCCAUUACUCUUAUAUUUUCUGCACAAAAAUAUUUUCAAUGGAAAAAUACAGAGAGUAAGGUAAACACAGAUGGACACCAAGAGCCUAAUGCUCAUAAUGCGGUUUCCAAUGAAAAUCACCAAGAGUUUGAUUCUUUGGGAGUAAACUUUGCAUUUGAGGCUGAAGAUGCAACCCACAGCAUACAAUCAAUACCUUCAGAUUCACCGAAUGUUGAGAUGACCACAAGCUUUCAGUUUGAUGUUGUGGCAGACAUCAGCCCACCACCAGCAUAUGAUUCAUUAAAUUUAGAAUGCUCCUCAUUGUCACAAACAAUAAAAGGCUGUAAUGCAGAAUGCCAGUGUUCAAGAAGACUAUGUGAAAUAAAUGAAAAAGAUUAAGUAUGAUGGGCUUUAGUAUUUCAAGAGAACAAUCAUAAGAAAGCAAAACAGAAUGUAAUGAAUGUUUUCUGAUAGUUUUAAUUUUAUUCCAUAAUUUUCUUAAUGUGAUGAAAUUAUAUUAUUUUGUACCCUCCCAAUUAUGUCUACUAAAGCAAGCACAAUAUUGAAUCUUAGUUUUAUUGUUUCAUUGGCAUUUUCCACUCAUAAAGAAAAUGAUUUCCUCAAAAUUAUUUCUACAUUAUUCCUAGAUAUCUGAGUGAUGAAAUACUGUCUUUGGAAUAUUAAUUGUAUUUUGCAUCAAAGUUGUCAACACCAUUUUUUAGUCUAUGCCUUUAUCAUUUAUUUCAUAAUUUUGACUCCAUAUCUUCAGUCAUAUUAAAAUCAAGAUUAUUAACUUACUACUUGAUAAUAAAUUUCACCAUUAUUUUUCAUUACAUUUCACUAAUUUCUUUAUUUUGAUUAAUUCAUGUUCACUGAUAAAUUCUAAUUAAAUAUUAAUGAAUUAUU